GAGUGCGCAGCGUUGCUUCAAUGACGGCGGUUGGUCGUGGUGGGGCCGAGCAGCUCCCACGGGCAGACAGUAGCCUACUUAACGUUGGGCAUGACACAUCUUCAGUGGGGUAGACGUGCUUUGUCAUAAAAUAGUCGGUAAUGGGAAUGGGAAGUGUGGGAGUGUUGUGAUAAUUCGACUCGGAGUGGGUGUUCAAGUGGAAGCAAUUACAUUUCUCGUUGCGUUCAAUUGUUAAAUGGUUAAAAUGUCAGUGAUGCAGAUGAGUAAGAGGCAGCAUUGCUAUUUAUGCGAUCUCCCGAGGAUGCCUUGGGCAAUGUUGAACGACUUCUCGGAGGCGGUCUGUCGCGGGUGCGUCAACUACGAAGGCACGGAUAGGAUCGAAGUGGUCCUGGAGACUGCCCGCCAGAUGAAAAGGGCCCACGGAUUCCAGGAGGGCAGGUCGGGCACGUCGGCAAGUCACCACCAUGGCGUGGCCGGCAAGUCCGCCACAUUGCACAGGUCGGGCGGCGGCUCUCACGAGUCGUCUCAUCAGAACGGGGUGGCCAGUCUGGAAGUUGUCGGCAUCGGGAUCCCGCCCGCUGCUCACACGAGGCAGUCAGGCCAGCAGCAGCAACAGCCUCCGCAGCCGGGAGCGCCCCUGUACAACGCCUUGCACCACCCUCGAGCCGGCCUCCUUGCCGAGUACAGCACCCAACAGAUACGCACUUCGUCUUCGAACCAGAUGCCGAGGACCAUGUCGACCGAAGGUGAGCACGACAUGGCGUUGCCGAGGCCCGCGGGCAUCAGACUGACCACCGCCUCCACUCACAUAACCACCCAUCACAUCCCUCAGGGGCAUUCUAGGCCGGGAUCUCUCCCGCCGCAGAACAUCGCCCUGAAAAGAGGGCUCUCAGCGGGCGAGGACGAAGACCACCAUUCCUCGCACCACAACCACAACGGCGAAUCGUCCAAACGGAUGAUGACGGUGGAAGACCACGCCAACCGGCCUCCCCUCACCAGAGGAGAAUCCCUGCCGGCGGUGAGCCUCGCCGUCCCAUUCGGAGACCGCAGCUACAAAACCGAAGCCAAAUUGACGGUACGAGCUCCGUCUUUCGACACGGCCACCACCUUCAAACUUAACGGUUAUCCACCUUCGGCCGUGAUUAACGUUUCGAAUGGAGGCGGAGGAAGCCCUUCGCCGUUGGGCACGAGGACCAGCUCACCUCCAGAGCAGACGACCGUACAACCCCAAGGAGGUACGACCGGCCCCGCUGCUAACGCAGCCCCAAAUACAGGAAACGGCUCGAGUCAAUCCCCGAUGGCGGCAUUGAUGUCCGUUGCUGACAACCUGCCACCGGGAUCGCCGAGGAGUGCCGGAGGAAGCCCUCCCGGACCAGCGGCCACACCCGCAGCACCCAGGUCCGCCUCGAGAAGCUCGCAACACUCUCCAAACUCAUCAGGUUCGACGAGCGGCAGCGGUCGCAGGUCUUCAGGGAGCAGGCACGUCAGUUCAACGACGGUGACGUCGAGUGAAAGCGGCGCCAACGCUAACGGAAGCGGCAACGCGGCGAGCGGCGAACAGGGGAGCGAAACCGCCGCCUCCGCACCCGCCCCCGCCACCACUACCCUUAAAUGUACCCUCUGCCAAGAAAGGCUCGAGGACACCCACUUCGUCCAGUGCCCUUCUGUCCCGCAGCAUAAAUUCUGCUUUCCUUGCUCACGAGACAGCAUCAAACGGCAAGGAGCCGGAUCUGAGGUGUACUGCCCUAGUGGAGAAAAGUGUCCUUUGGCCAAUUCCAACGUUCCCUGGGCCUUUAUGCAGGGCGAGAUAGCGACCAUACUCGGCGAUGAAUUCAACAAGGCGAAGAAAGAAAGGGACACCUAGACGUCCGUCGAACUCUGCCCUACGGGCGAGGUUGAAUCUUUGUAGCCGUGCCGAUCCCGUAUUUGGCUAGGCGAAAAGCGAUCAAGUAUUUCAUUGUAAAUACUGUGAAAUUGUAUAGUGGGGCCCGAUGAUCUCCUCAAUUAAUAUUUUAAGGGAAAAAAACGCAAAAUGUUAUUAGACCCCCGCCGAAUCCCUGUUAAAUCCGGGGGUGUCGCGGGAAUAUUUUUGUAGUGAGUCCUUUGGCUAUACACAAAAUUGUACAGAUACGUGUUAAUUGUCGAAUCAGGAGCAUCAGGAUGGGAAAAGGAGAUCUCUGUUGAAAAAAAAAAAAACGGAGUCGUUUGUUAAUUGUAAAAAAAUUGGAUAGAAUUUCGCAGGAGAAAGGCGAAAUUCGAGAAUUUACAAUCGUAUUUUUCUUUUAAAAUUUUGUUUUAACGUUUUAUAGUUCUUGAUCGAAUACCUAUGUAUUAUCUGUUUGUAAAAAUUGUCAUUUAAAAAAAAAUUGAACCAGCCGAAAUUCUACCAAGCCGAGAAGCACCUUAAAAAUAAUUUAAUUGUUAGAAGUUGAAUCAAAUUGAACUUUACGCUUUUAAAUAUUUGUAUAAUUUUAAGACAACUUGUAUAAAUAGAUGGAUGAAUAUGAUUGUAUAUAUAUUUUGUGGUUUAUUAGUCAUGCGGCAGCACGAUGAUAUGUUGCCUUUGUACAAAACAGCCAAAUAAUUGUACGAUUUUACAAUUUUAUAUUCUUGUCUGUCUUUCACUGUCCCAUUAGUUCUCACCCUUGCGCUACGCUUACUAGGUUUAUACAGUUUGUCUUGCAAAGAUCGGAAGUUGUUAUCAAAUUAAUUUUUUUAUCGUGCACUACCGACCAGAGAGACAUCACCUUUUCAAAUUGAAAACAGAAUUUAAAAAAUUGAAAUCUUUCGGCAUGUCAACUGAAGCCUAAAUUAUGGAAUUUUCGGCGUCUUGGUUUUUGGGUGUUUUCCUUUAUUAUUAUUUUUUAUCCCACCCCUUUCCAGUCCGGUUCCGGUACUUUUGUAUUUUUAUUUCCACCUUUACCCUUUCGUGGCCGGAAGCUCGGCCGGCGAAUAUUUGGCAUAAAUGAGUAACCGCUGCUUUUAAUUUUUACGUAUUUGAAUUAAGUAAUAUUAUAUAUUGUGUGAAUAGAUUUUGCCUAGUCACUCCAUGGACCUAGGUCCCAUAAGAAGGAACUCCAGAACUCGCGUGUCUUUAGGGAACUCAAGCUCCGUUCUCUUACCUAGGUUGAACAAUUCAACAUUAAAAAAACGUACUUUUUGUAUAAAAUAAAUAAAUAAAAAUAACUAUUUAGCCUUUAAGGUAUUUUGUCAAAACGCGAGCUAUGUCCUCUAUUGCUUUUUAUUUUACUUUAUUUUUAUUUUAUUUACAAGAGAAGCAUUACUACCUUGUUUAUAUUUGUAAAAAGAAAUUGUAUUAUAUUUUAUGACUAUAUUGUAAAUAUUAUAUAAGAAAAGUAAUAAAAUUGCCAUUGUUAAGACGGUGUACUAUCCAUUAGGGCUUAAAAAGAACAUCGAUGUAUUUACUUUUUUUUUUAAAUUAUUAUUUACAAAGAAAAAAUUUUUAGGCCGUAUUUGGAGACCCUCGACGAUCAUUCCGACUGGCCCAAGUCCACCAUUAUUUACCAGUGCGGUUUGAUUGAUUUUUUUUACAAUUAUUGACCUAUUGAUUGACUGAUGACUGAAUUCACUGUGAUUUAAUGAAACCGAAAUAACUCUCCGGUUAUGUUUUACAACUAAGACGAUUCGACCCACUGUACUGUUUUGAAACGAAAUGAUAAAAUUUCUUUUUUCCGUUCCUGACAAGACGAACGCUUUAUUGAGGACAUAGACCUAUAUUCAUGUUUCAAAUUAAAAGGAAAAUAUUUAUGAAAAUUUAUUUGGGUAUAUAAUUAGAAGUCAGUAUGUUGUGUACACCAUGUAAUAAACUAGUUAAUAAGAUAAUAAGAAAACUUAGUGUCAGUGUUUAAUUUUAAUAAUCUUUAUAAUUUUAAUAUCAAACAGAAAACGAAAUACUAAUUUUUACAAGAGAAAAAAAAGGAAUGUAUUGUAAUAAGAUAAUCAUUUUGUAUUGUGAACUAGCUUACCGAUUGUACUAAACAAUAAUAAGGGAAAUAUUAGGGUUUAGAUUGUAUUUGGAAUAGUCACUUGCAAUUUGUACAUUUUUUUCUGCCAGUUUAUACAUAGGAAAAAAGUUCAAAGAGAAAGCUAAACGUGGGCAGAAAAUUUAAAACAAUGUGAUAUACAAAUUACAAGGGGGACACAUAAAUAGUAUGCUCAUACCGUUAUAGAUUUUAGAAAAGAAUAAUAAUACACCAGAAUAGAAAGUAAGACAUAUUGAAUUUAUUGUAAAUAUUAAAUGUUGUCAUAUAAAAAACAGCCCAUUGUUUUAGAAUGUUAACACCCUUGUAGUGAUGCAUCAGCUUGUUCAUGUAGGUGCAGUGAAUGUAUUUGGAAAAAAAUGAACAUAACAUUUGUCAAAAAAACAGGUUUUAUUUUCAGUAAAGCCGUUAUCGGCCUCACAAAUUGCGAUAAAUUGCAAAAAAAAGGUCAUCAAAUUUAAUAAAAAGCAAAAUAAAAAAAUUAUUUUGGUGUUAUAAA